AUGGCUGCUGGAGCAAGACGAAUUACUAUUCAUGGUGUUCCUUAUCGACUUGACGAUGAAAUUGGUUAUGGUUUGCACAGUUUUGUUUAUAGUGCACGAGAUCUUUCAACAGGACAAAAUGUGGCAAUAAAAAUAAUACAAUUUGGACAUCGUGCAUUAGCUAGAGCAACCACAGACUCUCGACGACAAAGUUUUUGGAAAGAACUUGAUCUACUAUUACAUUUGCAACCAUUAAAUCCUUAUGUUAUACGUGUAUUAAAUUGGGAUUAUCGUGAGGCAGUCGGUUUUAUUGUCAUGGAAAGAGGAGAUACAUUUCGAGAUACAUUAAUUGAAACAAAUGGAUCAGGAGCAUUAUUACCGUUACCAUUAGUAAAACGAUUUUGGUCACAGAUGGUUGAAGCCAUAUACUAUUUACAUCGAAUUGGAAUUGUACAUGCCGAUGUUAAACCGGAAAAUUUCAUUCAAGUUGGACCAGAUGGUACAUCAUUACGUUUAAUUGAUAUGGGCAUCAGUUUUCGUUUACCACCAUUUAUUACAAGUCGAUUAAAAACUGCGGCGGGUACACCGGAUUAUGUUGCUCCUGAAUUGAUUAAUGCUCGAUUCAAUCUUGGAUCACGAUCAAAAUUUGGUUAUAAAAGCGAUAUAUGGUCACUAGGCGUGAUAUUAUACGAAAUGGCAUUUGGUGAAAGACCUUUACAAUAUUUAGGCGAUAAUUCGAAUAAAAUUAGUUUUCUCGGAAAAAUGAGAAGAGAUCUUCAGAUUCCACCACAUCCAGAUCCAUUACUACGAAAUGUUUUAAGAAAAUGCUUACGUUUUAAUCCGAGACGGCGACCGACAGCUGAAAUGUUAAUGGGACACCCAUAUUUAACAAGCGGUCUAGCUCAAACAUAA